AUGACGCCAACUUUGAAUGGGUCUCAGGUUCCUAAUUUCUGGUCUCGCAAAAGAACCCUCCGAUCGAGACGAGUCAAUGAUCAAUCCACCGAGUUGACUUUGUUCACCUUCUCCCUUAACCCUGAUGCGCUAAGCAACCUCGUCCAGUCUAGAGAUCUACAGGCACUCAACACUCUAGGGGGUGUAAAAGGCUUAGAAGCUGCACUGCGAACCGAUAUCCAGUCUGGUUUGAGCCUCGAUGAGGCCUAUCUGGAUUCACCUGCUAAUGGUUCAACGAGCGCAGCAUCCACAGAGAAAGGUGCUGCCCCUGAACAUGGUCUGCCUACAGAAUCACACUAUGACUCUUUUAUCGACAGAAAGAAAUAUUUCGGGGAUAAUCGACUACCAACAAAACCGCCUCCGAGUUUCCUGUCGUUAAUGUGGGCAGCCUACAAUGACCACGUGCUGUUCCUUUUGACUGGAGCUGCGAUUGUCUCGCUCGCUUUGGGAUUGUAUCAAACAUUCGGUACCAAGCACUCUGCCAACAACCCUCCUGUCGAAUGGGUAGAGGGCGUCUCCAUUCUUGUCGCUAUUGUCGUGAUUACUCUCGCUGGUGCGGCCAACGACUACCAAAAAGAAUUCAAAUUUCAGAAACUCAACAAGAAACAACAAGAUCGCAAAGUCUGGGUUCUUCGCUCUGCGCGAACACAUGAAGUGUUCAUAUCGGACGUUGUAGUCGGUGAUGUUGUUCACAUCAAUCCAGGGGAUAUUGUGCCUGCAGAUGGAGUGUUGAUUAGUGGGCAUCAUAUUAAGUGCGACGAGUCUUCAGCGACCGGCGAAUCCGAUGCAGUCGAUAAGCACUCAGUCGAGCCAGUCUAUAAUGGCGAUCCCGAUCAUAGGAUUGAUCCCUUUAUCAUUUCCCAUACCAAGGUUGUGGAAGGUGUCGGGGCCUACCUGGUGUUGGCAACAGGAACUAGAUCUAGUUAUGGAAGAAUUAUUCUGUCUCUCGAUACAGAUCCAGGCUAUACGCCACUCCAAAUGCGGCUAAGCAACUUGGCAAAAAAUAUUGCCCGGUUCGGUGCCCUCGCAGCACUGGUGCUUUUUGUGAUAUUGUUCAUCGAGUUCUGUGCUGGUCUUCGAAAUAGCAGCGAGUCUGCUUCGGAGAAGGGACAGUCAUUUCUGAACGUCUUUAUUAUCGCACUCACUGUCGUUGUGAUUGCUGUUCCGGAAGGACUGCCUUUGGCUGUUACACUUGCCCUCUCGUUUGCCACCACGCGAAUGAUGCGAGAUCACAACCUAGUUCGUCAGCUUCGAGCGUGUGAGACCAUGGGACAAGCCACAGAUAUUUGCUCGGACAAGACCGGGACACUGACACAAAACGAGAUGACCGUUGUCUCGGGCUUCUUUGGUCCAGGAUCGCAAUUGAACGAUCAGGCAAGUGGCCUUGAUAACUCUGAUAAACAGCAAUAUUCAUCUGUGGGUGUUGAUACAAGCCAUCUUUCGGACCAAUCUAUCUCACUCUUGAGGCAAUCCAUUGUCAUCAAUUCGAGUGCCAUUGAAAGUCAAGAUAGUGGAGGUCGACAAUUCCUGGGCUCUCAAACAGAGGCUGGUUUAUUAAGGUUCUCGCAAGACUAUCUUGGGUUGGGCCAACUAGACUAUGACCGUUCCAGUGCGGAAGUUAUGGAUGUUCUUCCAUUCGACGCAUCUCGCAAAUACAUGGUUACAAUUAUCAAGGUACCUGGCGGGCUGUACCGGGCCUACUUCAAAGGUGCUCCUGAAACGCUGCUCGGAAAAUGUACCGCCACAAUCGCGCAAUCAUCUGAGGAGACCCAAAGUACCCCAAUCACCGAUAACGCAGCUCAAGCUAUUGGCUCGAAAAUUUCUGAAUUUGCCUCACGAUCUCUGCGUACCAUCGCCAUUUGCUUCCGUGAUUUGGAUGAACUGCCCUUCAAAGGCGAGGAGGAAAAUGUAGACUUUGAGCAAGUGAUGCAAAACCUGACAUUCCAAGGCAUUCUUGGCUUACAGGAUCCCCUGAGAGCCGAUGCAUGGGGCGCUGUUGACACAAGCCACAAAGCAGGACUCACCGUUAGAAUGGUGACCGGCGACAAUCAUUUAACAGCAAGAGCAAUUGCUCAGGAAUGCGGAAUCAUCAAUAGUCCCGAUGACAUCGUCAUGGAAGGUGACGAAUUCCGCGCACUGGACGAAACACAGCAAAAGGAGAUUGUUCCACGCCUCAAGGUUCUAGCUCGGUCUCGCCCAGAUGACAAGCGGGUCUUGGUUCAACGACUGAAGGAUCUCGGAAGAAUUGUGGCUGUCACAGGUGAUGGAACCAAUGAUGCACCUGCCCUUGCGGCCGCGGAUAUUGGGUUCUCAAUGGGAAUCUCGGGAACUGAAAUUGCACGGGAAGCAUCCUCAAUUGUUCUGAUGGAUGACACAUUCUCUUCAAUUGUUAGAGCUAUAAUGUGGGGCAGGGCUGUCAGCGACGCUGUUAAAAAGUUCCUACAGUUCCAAAUCACCAUCACGUUUACCUCUGUCGGCUUGGCGUUCGUUUCUGCGGUAGCCAACUCAUCGCAACAGUCGGUUCUAACGCCAGUGCAGCUUAUGUGGGUCAAUCUUUUCCAGGAUACCCUAGCUGCGUUGGCUUUAGCAACCGACCCUCCACCUCGUCGAAUCCUUGACCGGAACCCAGAACCAAUAUCGACGCCUUUGAUCACGCCCACUAUGUGGAAGAUGAUCAUUGGCCAGUCUGUAUACCAGAUGGUAGUGACACUCGUCCUAUACUUCGCCGGAUCGUCGAUUUUCUCCUACCACAGUGCCCUUCAGAUAUCUCAGCUACAGACUGCAAUCUUCAAUACAUAUGUCUGGAUGCAGAUAUUUAAUAUGUACAACAACCGACAAAUUGAGCGGUCAUUUAACUUGAUCGAGGGCCUCCACCGCAACUGGCUAUUUAUCGCAGUGACUUCCAUCAUGAUGGGUGCUCAAAUUUUGAUCAUGUUUGUUGGCGGACGCGCAUUUUCAAUCACAAAGCUGACAGGAGAUCAGUGGGCUUAUUCGCUGGUCCUCGGGGCAAUUUCUAUUCCGGUGGGAUUCGUGCUGCAGGCUGUUCCUGAUGUCGUUGUCGAAAAGCCAAUGGCAGCCCUGGGAAAGCUUUGGCGCCGAUUGCGUCGUCGUUCGUAA